UAAUAUCCUUGUACACAGGCUGCUUUUCAAACUGAAAAUGGUUCUAGUGCUGUUGAACAUGCUGCUACAGCAAGUGCAGCAGAUGCUUAUUCUAGCCUUGUGAAAGGUAAGUAUUUGCUAUAAUCUUUAAGAAUCUCAAUUAUUACUUGGUUGCAUUUAUUGAAGAUGGGAGAGGUUUCAAGUUUGUCUCCGUUUUCAGAUCUUUUUCACUCAUGUGAGCUGUCACCUCAAGUUUUUAUGGACGUUUCUCAUGAUCCUUGUACUUCUGAACAAGUGCAAAACGCCAUUUUGGGAGAUGAAUCUGCGCCUUCGGUGUGUGGUAAGUGCAAGAUAUUCCUGUGCUUUCUAAUUUCGUAAUUCUAGAUGGUGAAUUAAAAGAAACAUCUUUCUUUUUGAUACAGAUUUGUUUUCAGAACAUUCAUUUGAGGACAUAGUAUCUUUCUUAACGGCAUUUUUUGGUUUUCAAAUUCUCUUCCAGAGAUGGCUUCUGAAGCAUGCAUAUUAGACCCUAAGAGUUUGACCCUAAGCGGCUUUAAAUUAAUGUUCACUUUGAGGAGUCAGAACUCGGAGAGAUAAUUUUGAAGAAUUAUUGUUAUGUGCAGUAAAUGACUUGCUUCAUUGUGCA